AUGAAACAGGAGCCCGUUUCCGUCCAAGUGCUGCCCGACGGCGACGGCGGCGGCGGCAGGCUGUCGGCGUUCCACGCGCUGGCCUUCCUCGACCGCUUCCUCGCCGUGUGGAUCUUUCUGGCCAUGCUGCUCGGGAUCCUGCUGGGCAACUUUGUCAAGGACGUCGGCCCGGCGCUGCAGAAGGGCACCUUUGUCGGCGUCUCGCUGCCCAUCGCCAUCGGCCUGCUCGUCAUGAUGUACCCCAUCCUGUGCAAGGUCCAGUACGAGACGCUGCACCGCGUCUUCCGCGAGCGCCAGAUCUGGGUGCAGCUCGGCUUCAGCGUGCUUGCUAAUUGGAUCGUCGCCCCGCUGGUUAUGCUCGCUCUAUCAUGGGCCUUCCUACCCGACAAGCCCGAGCUGCGGCAGGGACUCAUCCUCGUCGGCGUCGCGCGGUGCAUCGCAAUGGUGCUGAUCUGGAACAACCUAGCAGGGGGCAACGGUGAUUACUGCGCGAUCCUGGUAGCCGUCAACUCGCUGCUGCAGAUGGUCCUCUUCGCGCCCGUGUCGCUGCUAUUCCUGCGCGUCUUCAGCCCGCCCUCCUCCUCCUCCUCCUCCUCUUCCUCCAUCAACAUAUCCUACUCAACCGUGGCUACCAGCGUCGCCGUAUUCCUCGGCAUCCCGCUCGGUGCCGCCAUGCUCACCCGCCUCGUCCUCCUCCGCGUCCUCGGCCGGCAGCGGUACGAAUCCGUGUUCCUGCGCGCGGCGGCGCCGUGGUCGCUCAUAGGCCUGCUGUUCACCAUCACGGUGCUGUUCGCGAGCCAGGGCGCACGGGUCGCCGCGCAGGCCGUCGGCGUGGUGCGCGUGGCGGCGCCGCUGGUCGUGUAUUUCAGUGUCGUGUUUGUGGCGACGCUUGCCGGGGCGCGCCGCGUGGGGUUUCGUUACCCGUUUGCGGUCACACAGGGGUUUACCGCCGCGAGCAAUAAUUUCGAGCUGGCGAUUGCGGUGGCGGUCGCGGCGUUUGGGCCGAACUCGGACCAGGCGCUGGCUGCGACGGUCGGGCCGCUGGUGGAGGUGCCUGUAUUGUUGGCGCUGGUUUAUCUUGUCAAGUGGUAUGCGCGCAGGAGCGGGUGGAAGGACUGA